AUCCAACAAAUGCUGCUGCAGCUGUGGCCCAGGCUGCCAUACAACAAGCACAGGCAGCUAAAAAUUACCAGAAGCAGAUCCAAAACAGGGAAUCAGGCCAGCUUUCCCAUAAAACAGUGACAGUCAAUGGUGUCGAAUACCCUGUCUAUCCCCCUCCAGAUACUUCCAGCUACCAGUAUGAGGAGACUUCAGGCUAUUAUUAUGACCCCCUCACACAGCUGUACUACGAUGCCAACUCACAGUAUUAUUACAACUCCUCAUCGGGCACGUACAUGUACUGGGACGCAGAGAAGUCAACUUACCUCCCUGCCCCAGACAAUGUGCAAGCAAGUAAAGAUGAUAAAGAUGAGCCCCAGAGUAAAAAAGAAAGUAAAGAAGAGAAGAAAGAAAAAGAGAAAGGGAGGACAGCCAAAAGAAUUGCCAAGGAUAUGGAGAAAUGGGCCAAAAGUUUAAACGCCCAAAAGGAAGCUCAGAGAGAGGUGAAGAAAAGUGUGGCCCAGGCGAGUGCACCCAGGCAGGAAUCUGCAGCAGCAGACGCAGGAUUUGCUAUACUGCAGAAAGUU